CCAAACGGUUACUUCGUUUUGUGCGACACCCGGUUUUGCUCAACAUUCAUGAAUUAGUAAACAAACCAGUUUGGCCUUAGGAACCAGGCAACGUAGCCAAGAAUAUUAUCGAUAUUUGCAUUCGAAUUUAUGAGAAACUACGCGGUGAAACGAAUUGUUGAUGUAGUUAAAAGAAGAGCUGUACUGUGCUGUAGAGCUGUGAAUCCAAACUUUAUGUCUGUAUCAAGUACUCAGGUUUGUUCAUCAGAACAACAAUUCAGUUACACUGAAAAGGACUUCCACUGGCCUUGCCGUAAUCAUAAUUGUGACGAAAUACAAAAUGAGCUGACAAUAAGCAAGUUUGAUGAGGAGCUACAAAAAAGCUGGAAUGCAGCUGUGAAUGCAGGUUAUUUUACCUACAAAUUGGAUCAUACAGAAGGAAGAAUUGCACUUGGAAAAUAUCAUUUGUAUAUCCAGUUAAAUGAGCUGCGAUUCUCAAAACGAAGGAAGCCAGAUCCAAUCAACAAGGUGUCUCAGCCAUUUGAUCCAUCAAAAUUCAACUUCACCAAAGUACAACAGAAAGAGGUGAUGUUUGAACUUAUUCCAAAGCAUAGGAGUGCAGUGACAAGUGAUCAACAUGUUUUGAUAAUAAACAAUAGUCCUAUUGAAUAUGGCCACUCCCUUUUGGUGCCGAGCAUAAAUUCUUGUCUUCCUCAGAUAUUAACUGAAGAGGCACUAUUACUUAGUAUGGAGACGGCCAUGUUGAGUAGUCACAGAGGACUCCGGGUGGGUUUCAACAGCUUGUGCGCAUAUUCAUCCGUGAAUCAUCUACAUUUCCAUAUUUGGUACAGUGAACACCCUUCCUAUCUUGAGACAGUGGAUGUGAUACCUGUCUGUAAAGAUGUGUUUGAAGUUAGAGACUAUGCAACAAAUACGCUUGUCUUUGAGCUGGGACCACAAUCUGAUGUUAGUUUGUUAGCAAGGAAAAUACAUCAAGUAUCGUCAUAUUUCGUGGAAAACGAAGUAGCGCACACCUUCCUUAUUCUACGGGGAAGUAAAUGCAGCCAAAGGACUCAAAAUGGCGAGUUUGUUAAUGGAGAAAACAGCCAUCCUGUGAUCAGAGUCUUCCUUUGGCCUCGAAACCCAGUCAGCGGUAGCCAGGUGAAGAGUUCUUAUGAUGCGGACGAACGACCCACUGCUGCCUUUGAAUUUUCUGGAUUCGUUUCAGUAGAGACGAGAGAGACCUACGAUCUAUUCACUGAAGAACUCUUCUGUAAAUACAUGAAAGGUGCGACGUUACCAGAAGAGGAGUUUACGAGGCACAGAGAGAUAAUACGAGAAUUAUUGAAUAAGUAGACGCGUCUUUUAACCGACGUAGUCAGUUAUAAGACUGCAAUUCUAAUUGCUUGGUUCUUGCAUUUUACAUUUUACAUUUUAGCUAUUCUCUGAUACACCGAAAAUGCUCCAUCAUUAAAACCCCCCCCAAAAAAACAAACAAACAAAAACAAACAAAACAAACAAAAAUUCGAAGUUUGGACAGUUCAGUGUGGCUAUUUGUUGCUCCGUAUUUUUGCCCUGUACUACAGAACACUGUGGCAUAUUUUGUGCGUUCUCAUUACCUUAUUUGGUAAAAUGACGUGGUGAAAUAGUAAAUUUGGUGAUUAAUAGGAUGCCAAGAGUAGCUCCUACACAUUUCUUGGACUUCCGCUUUAAAUCGCAAAACUAGACGCGUCUUUUAACCGACGUAGUCAGUUAUAAGACUGCAAUUCUAAUUGCUUGGUUCUUGCAUUUUACAUUUUACAUUUUAGCUAUUCUCUGAUACACCGAAAAUGCUCCAUCAUUAAACCCCCCCCCAAAAAAAACAAACAAACAAAAACAAACAAAACAAACAAAAAUUCGAAGUUUGGAAAGUUCAGUGUGGCUAUUUGUUCCUCCGUAUUUUUGCCCUGUACUAUAGAACACUGUGGCAUUUUUGUGCGUUCUCAUUACCUUAUUUGAUAAAAUGACGUGGUGAAAUAGUAAAUUUGGUGAUUAAUAGGGUGCCAAGAGUAGCUCCUACACAUUUCUUGGAAUUCCGCUUUAAAUCGCAAAACUAUAAAACUCGUCAAAAAGUUCGAAACUCCGAACAUUACGUCCUUGGUAAAAUUAACAAAGCUACAUGAGCCCGGCUAUAUGAUUAAAUGGAAGUCAUCUUUGUGAAA